AUGCAGUGGGCCCAUCUACCAGCACCAGGCCCAGCACCUUCUACCAACGUCCCAGCAACACCCGCUACCAGCAGCAAGCUCAAUACCCACGCUACCAUCAAUAACCUCAGCACCCGUUACCAGCAGCAAGCUCAGCACCAGCACAACAAUCUCAGCACCCGCUACCAGCAGCAAGCUCAGCACCUGUCACCAGCACAACAAACUCAGCACUAA